AUGCCCACAAGGUCCGAGCUGUUCUAUGGCGCCCAUCAAGGUUCCGUGGCCUCCUGCACGAAGGCCGUUGCCAAAGGUGCUGAUGUGAAUGUUCGGACCAAGGCUGACUUAGACGGUGUGGGGACUGGCGCUUCGGCUCUGCAUGUUGCAGCCGUCCGCGGCCACGAGGACGUGGUAGCUGCACUGCUUCAUGCUGGCUCUGAUCCACUGGCACUAACAGGACGAGGGGAGACCCCCGUCCAGCUGGCGACGCGCAUGGGGCAUGUAGAGGUGGUCAAGGUGCUGCGCUCGUCUGGUGGCACUCCCACACAUGUCGAAGGCGUCUCGCAAUUGCUGACCAAAGCUCCUCCAAGCUGGCGUGAUGCACAGCGGAAGAAGCUUCGAAAAGCCUUGGACAACGAGAGUAAGUGGGCGGCUGCUUCCGGCGCUGAUCGUUUGGCGCUGGAGCCUUCCCCGCAUUCCGGGCAGCCUCAGAACGGCGAUGCGAG